CACAAGAUAAUUCAUACAGGAGAAAAACCCUACAAGUGUGAAGUAUGUGGCAAGGCCUUCCAUUAUUCAUCAUUACUUUCUAAACACAAGAUAAUUCAUACAGGGAAAAAACCCUACAAGUGUGAAAUAUGCAACAAGGCCUUCUAUUAUCCAUCAAGACUUUCUAGCCAUACAAAAAUGCAUACAGGAGAGAAACCAUACAAGUGUGAAGUAUGUGGAAAGGCAUUUUGUUCUCCAUCAUCACUUUCUAAACACAAGAGAAUUCAUAAAGUUGAAAAAACCUACAGUUGUGAAGUUUGUGGAAAGGCCUUCUGUAUUCCAUUAUUACUUUCGAAACACAAGAAAGUUCAUACAGGUGAGAAUCAUUAUAAUAAUGAAGUACAUAGCAAGUUCUUUGUUUAUCCUUCAAGACUUCCUAAACAUAAGAAAAUUCAUAAAAGAGAGAAACCAUACAAGUGUGAUGUAUGUGGAAAGGCCUUUGAUUAUCCAUCAAGACUUUCUAAACAUAAGAAAAUUCAUACUAGAGAGAAACCGUACAAGUGUGAUGUAUGUGGAAAGGCCUUCCACAUUGCAUCAUUACUAUUAGUCCACAAGGGAAUUCAUACUGGAGAAAAACCCUACAAGUGUGAAGAUUGUGGGAAGGCCUUCUAUUAUCCAUCAUUUCUUUCUAAACACAAGAGAAUUCAUACAGGAGAAAAACCAUACCAGUGUGAAGUAUGCGGCAAGGACUUCCAUCUUUCAUCAUCACUAUCUAAACACAGGAUAAUUCAUACAGGAGAGCGGCCAUACAAGUGUGAAGUAUGUGGGAAGGCCUUCCGCUUUUCAUCAUCAUUGUCUAAACACAAGAGAAUUCAUACAGGAAAGAAACCCUACAAGUGUGAAGAAUGUGGCAAGGCCUUCCAUUUUCCAUCAUUGCUUUCUAAACACAAGAUAAGUCACACUAGAGAAAAAGUCUACAAUUGUGACUUAUGUGGUAAGGCCUUCCACUAUCCAUCAUUACUCUCUAAACACAAGAUGAUUCAUAUGGGAGGAAAACCCCACAAGUGUGAUGUAUGUGGCAAGGCCUUCCAUUAUCCUUCAAAACUUUCCAACCAUAAGAAAAUUCAUACAGGAGAGAAACCAUACAAGUGUGAUGUAUGUGGAAAUGUCUUCCGUUUUCCAUCGUCACUUUCUGAACACAAGAAAACUCACACAGGAGAGAAUCCAUACAAGUGUGACAUGUGUGGUAAGGCCUUCUGUUCUUCGUCAUUACUUUCUAAACACAAGAUAAUUCAUACAGGAAAGAAACCCUACAAAUGUGAAGUAUGUGGCAAAGCCUUCCAUUAUCCAUCACGACUUUCCAAGCAUAAGACAAUUCAUGGUGCUGGAGAAACAUCUCAAAGAGUUGAGAGCACUGGCUGCUCUUCCAGAGGUUCUGAGUUUAAUUCCCAGUAACAACAUGGUGGCUCACAACCAUC